AGUGAUACAAAAUUAUUAUAUAAUAUAAUAAGAGUAAAAACAUCCACAGUUCAAUCAUGGAGAAAGAUGAUAUAUUUUUACAAGUACGUCUAGAAAGGCCUAUUUAUGAACAGGAAGAUUUAAACAGGGAUUAUCAGUAUGAAAAGCCAAAAAUAUCUGUACUUCGAAAUGCAUUAAGCAGUUUGAAAUCAGUAAAUUGGAAAUCUUGUUUUACGUCUGCAGUUCCAUCAAUACAUUGGUUGAGCAAAUAUAGAUGGAAAACAAAUAUAAUGUCUGACAUAAUUUCUGGUUUAACAGUAGCAAUUAUGCAUAUUCCUCAAGGGAUGGCCUAUGCACUUUUAGGAAAUGUACCACCUGUAGUUGGUAUAUACAUGGCAUUUUUUCCUGUUUUAGUAUAUUUUUUCUUUGGCACAUCCAGACAUGUAUCCAUGGUGUUUUACAGAACAUUCGCUGUGGUUUGCUUGAUGACUGGGAAAUCAGUGAUGACUUUUUCAAUACCACAAAAUGAAAUUAUAAGUCCAAACACUACAAAUGCAAUAUCCAAUCAUCCGGAGGAGUAUUUAUAUACACCCUUACAAGUAGCAACAGCAGUUACUUUAAUGGUUGGAAUAUAUCAGAUCAUAAUGUACAUAUUUCAUUUGGGUAUUAUAAGUACAUUACUUAGUGAACCUUUAGUGAACAGUUUUACAACUGGAGCAGCUGUUUAUGUUUUCACGUCCCAAAUCAAAGAUCUGUUGGGAUUAAAAAUACCGAAACAAAAAGGAUAUUUUAAACUUAUUUUUACAUUAAUAGAUGUUUUUAAAGAAAUACAAAAUACAAAUUUGGCUGCUGUAAUCACAUCAUUGAUAACAAUUAUAUGCCUUGUUUGUAAUAAUGAAUUUUUAAAGCCUUGGGCAAGCAAAAAAUGCAAUAUUCCGAUACCAAUCGAGUUGAUUGCAGUUGUGAGUGGAACAUUAAUUUCAAAAUACCUUUAUUUGUCUGAAAAAUACAGUAUUCAAACUGUAGGUAAUAUUCCAACAGGACUACCAUCACCGGAAAUACCAACACUUAAUUUGUUAAGCUUGGUAGCAAUAGACAGUAUUGCUAUAACUAUGGUUUCAUAUACAAUAACUAUAUCAAUGGCUUUAAUAUUUGCGCAAAAACUGAAUUAUAAAAUUGAUUCCAAUCAAGAACUUCUCGCUAUGGGUAUGAGUAACAUAGUGGGGUCCUUUUUCUCAUGUAUGCCAGUAUCAGCAUCUUUAAGUAGAUCUUUAAUUCAAGAAACUGUUGGUGGUCGAACACAGAUAGCGAGUAUUGUAUCUUGUUUAAUAUUACUUACAAUUCUCUUAUGGAUCGGCCCAUUUUUCGAAGCCUUGCCACGAUGUGUUCUUGCAUCAAUUAUUGUUGUAGCGCUGAAAGGGAUGUUUCAGCAAGCUAAUCAACUUAGAAAAUUCUGGCAUUUAAGUAAAUAUGAUUCCAUAAUUUGGAUUGUAACGUUUUUAAUAGUAGUAUUAGUAAACAUUGACAUUGGUUUGCUGAGUGGAAUAAUAAUGUCACUUGUAAUUAUUUUAUUACAAAGCCUUAGACCAUAUACCUGUUUAUUGGGACAUAUACCAAAUACAGAUUUAUAUUUAGAUUUGAGUAGAUUCAAAACGGCAGUAGAAGUUCCUGGAUUGAAAAUAUAUCAUUACUGCGGUACAUUAAACUUUGCAAACAGUAAUUACUUUAAAUCAGAAUUGUACAAGUUAAUUGGAAUAAAUCCACAAAAAGUUAUAGAACAGAAAAUUAAGUUCAGAGAGAAAGAAAUUUACAUGAAAGCACAAGAUUCAGAUGAGAAACAAGAAUUGAAAUGUGUGAUAAUGGAUAUGAGUGCAUUAAGUUACAUUGAUUCUAGUGGCGUAAGCACAUUGCAUUCAGUAAUACAAGAAUUUCAACAAAUUGAUGUACAAUUUUAUUUUGCAAAUUGUACAAGCCCUAUUUUUGAGACCAUAAAAAAAUGUAACUUGUAUUUACAUAAAACAGUUUUGCUCAAGAUUUUUGCAACCAUACAAGAUGCUAAAAUAUAUUAUGAAAAAGAAUUGUACUUAAGGUAGUGUAAUUAAAUUAUUAUAAUGUACUUAUAUAGCAAAACGUAUAUGUAGUCAUAUAUUUACGUUUUUAUAGUUCUUAAUGUGAUAUUGUUACAUGACAUUUUUGAAUACUGUAUUAAAGUACUUAAUAUAAUAAAUAUUGUAAUAAAAUAAAUUUGUAAUAAAUU